AUGCAGGGCGACGCGCGGCUGCGGCUGACGGAGCAGCUGUGGCAGGGCGAGAGGCAGUUCUCGUGCGAGCUGUCGGCGGCCGGCGAGCUGUGGGCGGGCCCGCUGCGCAGGCUGCCCUCCACGCUCAGCCCGCACCAGCACGACACCGUCUUCCAGGGGCUGGCCGCGCUCGCCAAGGCCGCCGCCGCCUUCGCCGCACAGAUCGGAGAGGUUGUGGAGAACUGGAACCCUGAAACUUCUGAAGUUGGGCAGCUCUUCUCGCAACAGCUGUGGGACAACUUCGAGGAGUACCAGGACACGUACAGACUGGCCAGAGAGCUGCUGCGUGAAAAGUGCGCCGAGGACGAGGAGUUCGUGGAGAUCUGCAAGCUGCGCCGCGGCGCCGCGCUCCACACCCUAGAGUCGCUGCUGGACCUACCGGUGAGUGGCCCCACUUCCAUAAUUCAGACACAGAGGAGUGAAAGACGUUAG